AUGGCCGAGGAGCUCGUCUCCGCCAGAGCCCCACCGGGAAAAAGGACUUUAUGGUGUUGGCUAUGGCGUCGAAUUCCAGAGACAGCGGCAGAAAUCUCUCGAUUUCAAAAUUUGGAACUUAACGAGUUGCACAAUGGAACAAGUUCUUUAGAUGAGGAGUUGAGGCAAAUGUUUAUGAGCGUCUUAGUCGGUAAUGGUUUGUUGAGAAAACAGGUGAACUCGCUGAUCGUUCAGGCUCUUAUUGUCAGCGGACCAAAUGACACAGUCUCGGUCAUUUUUCACGGCCAUCCCUUCCGGCCACCGCGUUGGCCGUCACUUCCGAUCCCCGUCACCAUCUCUGCACUCGUGGACACGCCUGGGAAACGUCUGGUUGACAACCAUCACCAUCUUGCCGACCAAACCGCCAUCACCAUCGCCUCCGAUGACAGGCGACAGUGGCGCAGCAGCGGGGCUGUUGAUGCUCGGCGAUCGGGCUGUCAAGGCGCGUCAGACGGGUUGAGAAGGCGCGUCGACCGGGAUGGGGAGGUGGCGGCGGGGCUGUGUAGCCGUGACCACCGGAAUUCUGGAGAGGGGGAGAUUGGGGAAGUGCGGCGACGGGGGUGUGUAGGUGUUAUCGUCGGAAUUCUGGAGAGAGAGGGGUACUGUGGUGGCACCGUCGUCUAA